UUUAGGCUCCAUUGAUCAACGUUAAUGAAGUACAUUACUCAUCUUCUCCAAUGGCCAAAAAACACGUCUAAGAAUUUACGUUAGCUUAAACUGAAAUUACCAUAAUAUCCCAUGUUAUUUUCACUAAUUUCUUCGAUGUCCAUUCAAUGGCUCAAAUCUCAGAACUCCGAUUCCACUCUCUUCAUCUUUGAUCUUUCUCUCUCUUAAUUGUCAUAGAAAUUCUGGAGAUCUUCCACUUUCCAACUUCUUUAGCCAAACAAUCACCUUCUUUAUCGUUUUUUUAAAAUUUUUUUUUUCUGGGGAAGAAAAUUUGAAUUGCAGAAAAAAAAAGAAGCAAAGGUGGGGCAAAGGUUGGGAUUUUAAAUGUGAAUUAAAAAAUACCCACUUUGCAAAAAUUUAUACAUUUUCAGAAAUUUUAUACCUUUUUAAUUCAAGUGGGUUUCCUGGGUUUCUCUUAAUUUUCGAAUUGAUCCACUUUUGGAUGAGAUCUCAAAGAAUGAAGAUUUGAAGUAUUUUGAAUUUUUCAACAAAAAUGGUGAGGAUUUGGAGUUGGGUUUUGGUUAUGUUAUCAAUUUUUGCAUCUGGGUCUUCAUCAAUUGAUGACUUCCACCAAGCGUUUCCUAUUGUAGAACCUGAUCCUGGUCAUACGAAAUUACGCCUUUCCAGGGAGGGAUUGGAGGCCAUUGAGAGAAUAACAUCACCGAUUUCUGCUGUAGCUGUGAUUGGACCGUACCGAUCUGGCAAAUCCUUCCUACUUAAUCAGCUCCUGUCACUUUCUUGUAAUGAAGGUUUUGGUGUUGGGCACAUGCGAGAUACUAAAACGAAAGGGGUGUGGGUUUGGGGAAUGCCAAAAGAAGUGGAGGUUGAUGGUGUUAAGAUGGCUGUACUGUAUCUUGAUACUGAAGGAUUUGAAAGCAUUGGGAAAUCAAAUGUUUAUGAUGACCGCAUUUUUGCGUUGGCAACUGUUAUGAGCUCUGUACUUAUUUACAAUUUGCCGGAGACGGUGCGUGAAGCUGAUAUAUCACGACUUUCUUUUGCUGUCGAGCUUGCUGAAGAGUUUUAUGGAAGGUUAAGAAUCAUGACUUGCAUAUAUCUAUUUCAUGAACAACUUCUUUUGUUUGUUUUUGUGGGUCUAAAACAAAACAGAGUUAAGGGACAAGAUGUUGCCUUUGAACCUGCUAAGCUUCUAUGGCUCAUACAACGUGAUUUUCUGCAAGGGAAAUCUGUGCAACAAAUGGUAACCGAAGCUCUUAAGCGGAUUCCCAACCUCAAUGAUGACAAGGAUAUUGAUCAGGUAAAUCAGAUCCGAGAUUCGUUGGCUGUUAUGGGAGACAACAGCACAGCUUUCAGCUUGCCACAACCUCAUCUACAGCGAACAAGACUAUGUGACAUGAAUGAUACCGAACUUGAUCCUGGCUAUGUGAAAAAGAGGGAUCAACUGAAGGAAGUUGUUGCUUCUAUCAUCCGCCCAAAAAUUGUCCAGGGAAAAAUGCUGAACGGGAAGGAGUUUGUUUCAUUUCUUGAACAGAUAAUCGAAGCAUUGAACAAAGGAGAAAUUCCAUCCACCGGAUCUCUUGUUGAGGUUUUCAAUAAGAAAAUUGUUGAGAGGUGCCUGAAGCUCUACAAUGAAAAGAUGUCCAUGUUGAGAUUGCCUCUCUCUGAGGAAUCGUUGAAACUAGCCCAUGAAGAAUCAAGGGUUGCUGCUAUGCAAACUUUUGAUGAACAACAUUUUGGUCGUCAACAUGCUAAGAAAUCAGUUGAACAAUUGAGUGAAGAAAUUAAUAAGGUGCUUAAGAAUUACAUAAUGGCAAAUCAAUAUGAAUCAACAAAGCUUUGUGAGAUGCUGUUUACAAAUUGCGAGGACAAAAUGGAUCAACUUCAGGUGCUCAGACUUCCUUCCAUGGCGAAAUUCAAUGCCGGUUUUCUCACGUGCAACGAGACUUUUCAACAACAGUGUGUGGGACCUUCAAAAGCCAGCUAUGAAAAUCGGAUGAUGAAGAUGAUGGGGAAGGCGCGCUCUUUAUUCAUCAAGGAAUACAACAAUCGGCUUUUUAAUUGGUUGGUGGCAUUUUCUUUGGUGAUGGUAGUGGUGGGACGAUUUAUCAUAAAGUUUAUUUUGCUCGAGAUCGGUGCCUGGAUAAUGUUCAUUUUCUUGGAGACGUAUACGAGGAUGUUCUGGUCAGCAGAAUCUCUGUAUUACAAUCCCGUGUGGCAUGUCAUCGUAGGUACCUGGGAAACAGUGGUUUACAGUCCGGUCAUCGAUUUGGACAGGUGGGCGAUUCCCCUUUGUGUGAUUAUGGGUUUAUUCAUUCUAUAUUGGCGGUGUUAUGGGAGGAAGAAGCACGGGUAUAGAUGGUUAUUACCUAUGUACAACACUAACAGAAGUAGUAGUUCAAAUCGAUCGAGAACAGAUUAACGAUGCCUCGUGUUAUGUAUACCAUUGUUAUGAUUCUCUAGAUAUGUUGAAUAGGUUGAGCUUUCAAGUUUUUCAUACAUAGAGCUCUCUCCUGGACCCUUUAAAAUUACAAGUCUAUAAACAGGUUCAAGGAUCAUACUUACGAUGUCGUUAAUUCGUUUCGAUAGUGUUCUCUUCAACUGUAGCAUACCAUCCAUGUGUAUGAUUAUUUAGGUUAAUGAAAAUGUUUUACAUUGAUUGAUAUUUGCUAUCUUCGCCUUGUUCAUCAUUGUCAAGAGUUCUAAGAAUUAUUAGAUACCUCUGUCUCUUUGAAUCUGCUACGGAUGUUGAGGAAUAUCGUUGUGGAAAACUAAAUUUAUUUGAACUAAUAUUACAAUGAUGCUUAACAACAUGAUCUAAAUUACCAUCCUACAAUUGUAGGAUUCAAAAAUCAACGAGUGAUGAUCGUAAUAAUAAUAUGAACUUACGAUCUUAAUUGGAUUAAAGAGUGGUAGGUAGUAG